GCUGAUCAGCAUGGAAGGAUACGGCACCGACGUCUACCUCCAUCUUAACCGCCUAUCCUCAUCUUCCGAACCCCUACAAUAGCAACUACCGAUCAUGAGGGGGCGGUCAACCACCGCAACCCGAGGAAUGACGCAGUCGCUACACCAAAAGUCCACGACGGCUACCAUGACCAUGGCGACCCGGACGAUGCAACUGAAACUUCGCCCGCAAGAGCGCGAAGUCAGCGAACGACGGCAGGUGGGCGACAUGGAGGAAAUGAUGCGUGAAAAGGACGCAAUCGAACCGUGGUGGAGGAAUGUGGGGAUGGAGGAGGGGAUGUGAGGUGCGACCAGGCGUGACGAGUGGUCGUCUGGACGUGGCCCUUUGGGAAUGCAGUGGCAUUCAUGUACACUUUUGCAUCUAUGGAUGGGGAUAUCUGGGGUACGGUUUAGCCAACACGCAUGUAGGCCAUCAUGCGUUGCUAUAGUACGUAGCGAAGAUUUACGUCUCGACACAAAAGUCGAGAACAACAGUUUCAUAUCGUGCCUGUCCGCUCAAAUAGCAGUGCGUGUAAAAAAUCUGGCUCCUUGCCGAUGAUUAUUCU